GGUGAAGGCUUCCCCACGCUGCUCUUCCCACACCUCCACUAACCACAGACCACAGCAGCCACCCACGCUGCCUGAUGCCAUCUGUGCUGUCUUUGAAGUGGGGUGGCAGUGAUUCCGGCAGCAUUGCUCCACAUUUCCCCACGUUUCCUACCAGAAUGUGAUUGCACAUCACCCUGUGCCCCUGCCAACAGUACGGCAGUACCUCACAGGGGGAGCAGUGAUCACCAAGCUUUCACGCCCAGAGCACUGCCAGCCCCUUCCCAAGGCUGACACGCCGUCCCUGAGGGACAGGAAAGCCCCAGCCAAGCGCAUCACCCGUGCAAACUUUGCCAGAGCCUGCCCUUGCUCCUCCUGGCAGGGGACUACCUGCACAGGGAAGGGUAAAAAGAGGCAGGGAAUGAGCUCUCGGGCAAGACAGCGGGCAAGAGGGCACCCGGAGCACCGUUCCUCUCGCAUAGCCGGCCCCUCGCUGCCCAUCCCUGUAUCCCGGCAGAUGCGCCUGGCCAUCCUGCGGAGCGGGACGGGGGCUCCGGCAGAGAGCGAGGCAGAGAGGGCCGGGCCGAGGGUGCCAUGGACGAGCACCCAGCACGGCCGGGCACAGCCCACCCCCGUGGGCAUCUCGAGCAGCCCCGGCGCGGGACAGCGACGAGGCUGCGGGGCCGAACCAGCCGCACGCACGCAACCGAGAAGUUAAAGGAGCGCCGGCAGCCGGUUCCAGCGUCCCGCCCGACUGGGGGUCCCGACCGAGGGUCCCGGGGCUCGCCGCUGCCCGUCCCUGCCCGUGGGGACCCCCGGGCCAGCGCAGGGCGGGGCUGGGCUGCCGGGCCCGCGCCACCGGAGGAAAGCGAAAGCGCGUGGGUAGAAGUCCUGCAGAGGAUACCAGGCAGUCCAGGCAGCUCCUCCGCCCCGCCUGGGCCCCGACAGAGCGGCCCCACGGACCCGAGGCGGCAGCGCCGCCGGGUCCCGCUCUCGCCAUCGCGCACAGCCCCGGGGCUCCCCGGACGGGGGGGUUCGCCGAGGGGACGGGCCGGAGCGGCGAGUUGGAUUUGGAACGAAAGCAAAAUGGCUCGAGGACGCAAGAGCAAUAGCAUCAAACAGAGCGACUUCACUAACAGCACCAAUCCUCAGGAUUUAGAGAGAAGACUUUUUGUCGGCAAUUUGCCCACAGACCACAUGACUCGUGAAGAAAUGGAAGAGAUAUUUUCAAAAUAUGGCAAAAUCAGGGCCCUCAGCAUGUACCAUGGCUAUGGGUUCGUGCAGUAUGACCGUCUAGAAGAUGUCCAGGCCGCUCUGGACGGUGAGAAGGGUCGCCUUUAUAAAGGGUAUAGAUUAGAUAUUAAUAAAGCAGUGGAAAGAAGAAAUAUGAAUAAGGCUUCAUCAAGGUCCAGUCCCACACGAAGAGAGCAAUAUGCCUACGGGGAUGGCCGAGAUGCCAGGCGUGACCGCUCCCCUCUUCGGGGAAGCCCACGGAGAGACCCCCGAGAUGGCAGGGAUGGCAGGAACGGGCGAGAUGCCAGAGACGCUCGAGACAUUCGAGCUAGAGACAUGCGUGAUGCCAGAGACCACAGGGACCCACGGGACCUGCGAGACCCACGGGAUAUCAGGGAUCCAAGGGACUUGAGGGACCCACGUGAUGUUAGAGACCUUCGUGACCCACGGGAGCCACUGUAUGAUCGAUACAGGGAUCCACGGGAUAUGAGAAGUGCACGAGAUGUGAGGGAUCCACGGGAUAUGAGAGACCCUCGGGACCCUUUGUACAGACGAGACGAGUCUUACGACCGUUACCUGCGCCUUGACGACUACUACCGGCGCAAGGACGACUCCUACUACGACCGCUACAAGGAGCCCGAGGACCGCCUGAAGCGCGAGGAGCGGCGCCGCGAGGAGCUGUACCGUCAGUACUAUGAGGAAAUCAAGCGGCGUUUUGAUGCAGAGAGACCCGUGGAUUGUUCUGUGAUAGUGGUGAAUAAACAGACAAAGGAGUACGCAGAGUCCGUGGGGCGGAAGGUGCGGGACCUGGGCAUGGUGGUGGACCUGAUCUUCCUCAACACAGAGAUGUCACUGACACAAGCUCUGGACGAUGUGAGCAGGGGAGGGUCUCCUUUCGCCAUUGUCAUCACCCAGCAGCACCAAGUUCACCGUUCUUGCACUGUUAACAUCAUGUUUGGCACCCCACAAGAGCACCGCAACAUGCCCCAGGCUGAUGCCAUGGUGCUGGUGGCAAGGAAUUACGAGCGCUACAAGACAGAGUCCCGGGAGAAGGAGCGGGAGGAGAUCGCCCGGCAGGCUGCCAAGAUGGCAGACGAAGCUAUUCUGCAGGAGCGGGAGCGCCCACCCCCCAUGGAGGAGGGUGUCAGAGGAGGUCACCCUCCCGGGAUCCAAACUCUCUUGAACCUGCUGGCAGACAAUCGCUAUGUGACUGCUGAGGAGAUAGAUAAAGUCAUUAAUUACCUGAGAGACCGGAAGGAACGCUUGCUGCGGGGCAGCACUGACUCUCUGCAGGCACCCAUAUCAAGACAGCCUUUGGGGGCACCUUCAGGAUCAUCACUGGGUAGUCAGUCCAACCUUCCAAGUUCUCAGGCUCAUCAGAGUUCACAGCCUCUGGUCUCUACUCCUUCUGUUCCAGUGACCUCUUCUACUCCUCAGCAGGAGCUUCAAGCAAAAAUCCUCAGUCUCUUCAACAGCGGGGCGGCGGCAGCAGCAGCUGCUGUGGCAAACAGCGGUCCUGCAGCCUCUGCAGGCUCUGCAGGCAGCACUCCCAACCAGAACUUUGCUAACCUGGCCAGCGGGCAGCCCCGGCCAGCACAGAUCAAUGCUGGAAAUAUAAACCAGGCUCAGCAGAGAUUGCAGACUCCAAACACGCAGCUUCCUACUCUGCCGGGCCCUUCGAGAAACGCAGGUCCGAGACCCGGAGCUCCUGCACAGCCUCAGCCGCUCUAUGGUCAGCACCAAACCCGCCUCCCUGCGCCUGGCAAUGUGCCUGCCCAAAGGCCGGUGUCUUCUGGUAUCAACUUUGACAACCCCAGUGUACAGAAAGCCUUGGACACCCUUAUCCAGAGUGGUCCUGCACUCUCCCACCUUGUGAGCCAAACCGUGGCCCAGGGGCGAGCGGGGUCCUCAGCCCAGCAACCGAUGGGUGCCUACCAGCGACACUAUUAGAGCUGAGCUGUUGGACCCAUUCCCCUUCCCUUUGCCAUUCCAUACUUAUAGCUGUUAAAGAAUUCUCCCAUCCUUGACCGGGGACAGAUGCCCUGGACGUGCAUGUCCUCUCCACUCUGGCGAGAGCAUACCCCCUGCAGCAUUGCUGCCAACGGUUGCUGGCGCUGCCCUCCCUCUCCUUGGUCUGGUUAGCAGUGUUUGGAGCAGAAUGCUCAGUUUUCUCCAAGGCACGAUGUGCUGAACUGUGUUGGAUCAUUGGUUGUCUUGUCCCAUCCCAGAAGCUGCCGCAGCAUCAGUCCUACUGCAUUUUCCUUACUCCCAGCACCUGGUGCACCUUCCCAUUGAGGUGCAGUCUGGGCUCACUGGUAGGUCUCGGUGUAGUUUUGGAUCAUCAGUUUUGAUGAAUUAGGGGACUGGACAGAGCAGCAAACUGACGAGCCUUGGACACCCACCAGUGUGGAAUGGGCACUAUUUUUCUUUGGAUUUCUUUUUUUUUUUUUUUUUUAAUAGCAUAUAAGCCAUUUGGAAAGUCCAGUGAUAGUGCUGGCAGCCAAAAUCAUGAAGCACAUGCCUGACCACUGCUCAGUAACCAGGACUGUGCAGUCUGUCCACAGCUGGCCUGCCCUGUCCAGGCAGAGAGGCCGGUGUUCCUGACCACUCACAGAGACUGGCAGCUGUGGGCUGAGCACACAUCUGCCACACAAGAACUUCCAGCCAAGGCAGAGAUUUCAAACGGUCUGUCAAUUUUCCUACAGUGAGUAAUCAGUGUUAAGAUCAACCUGGUAAAUUUGAUGUGUAAAUUUCCUUUCCUUACAGUCUUUGGCAUGUUGUUAGCUGCAGCCACACUGAUGUGCUGCUGGCUCUCCCUGGGAAUGCCUGUCACCAGGUAUUGGGGACAGUGCUGCUCUAUCAGACCUGUUGCUAUUGAUGGAUGUUUGGUCCAUCUGAGGAGGAGAGGCAGUGCCAAGAUGUUAAUACCAUAAUUUUAAAUGUUUUUUCAACAUUUUGGUAGCUGCAGCAGACAGUGGAGUGGUAAAUCAGGCAGUGAUUCCUCACUGUGUUUUUACUGGGAACAUACUUUGAUACCAGAACACAAAACAUCACUUAGCUGUGUGGUCCUUCCCCAUCAUGGCCUUCUUGGAGUCUGUGGGCUUCCUGCAGGGAACUGUGAGAUACUAAGAAAGCAGUGGAUUGAAGCAGAGGAUUUUCUUUGUCCCAGGUGGUUUGUGUUGUAGCAUUUCUUUUAUCUCUGUGCUGUUAAAAAAAAAGACAUUACUUUCUAAUAAAAAAUCAGAAAAAUU